AGUGGGUUAAAGUUAUAACAGUGUACACGAGGCCGCUCCUUCGUCACCCUGCGACUGAAAAUCUUUUCUUGACAUUUUCAGUUGCAGGUUAGACAUUUGUCACUGUCAUCAAAUCGAAAUUGGUUGUAAUUUUCGGCUGCACGGUGAAUGUGGACAAGAACUCCUUGAAUCUUUUACUUUUACCGUCAAUAUCCUGUAAAAAUGAACAUGAAUAGCAAGAAACGUAAACAAGCCACCCAGUUCCUCAUGGCCACGGGCGACAUUACCUUCGAAGAAGCACGCGAAAUCAUCCGCGAAUCGCCGAGCAUCAUCAGAAACGUUGCAAACGUUCCGGUUCCGGUUCGGAUUUCGCCGAUAAAUUACCCUUCCGCCGGCUGCACCGAGGAGCUCUUUGAGCGGAUUCAGACCUUCAUUCUGGACGCCGUGUUCCACCGGAAGGCCGCCUAUCUGCUGGAUCUGCUGCUGAUGGAGGGGCGGUACGUAAUGGUGCUGACACAGAACAUGGAAAGCGCUUGGUUUGUGCGCAGUCUGAUUCCGAAGAUGAAAAUCUCCGGGUUGCGCGUUAAGGUACCUACCAAGCACCAAAUCAACCAAUUCAUUGCCCUCAAAUUGCUCAACAGAUCGAUCAAGCAGGAAAAAUACUAAGAAACGCUUCUGACGGAUCUCCGAAAGGUUGGUUUAUUUUGUUAAAUUUUAUGUA